GAGGCCUUCACUCGUUACCAGAUCUGUUAAAGAUAUCAAGCGGCGUCACGUGUGUCUACAGAUUUUUCAGUUUUUGACGUGAACGAGCGCUAAUCACCACUGAGCAGUGAGUGUGAUGUAAUUGCAGAGUCCGAAUAUUCCGAACAUUUUCGCAUUGGUUGGUGUCCAGUGGGUUCAAAGUGGGAGUCGUGCCAGGAGCAUGUCCGUGUGGUGAUGACAAAAAUCGGGUUUUUAAGUGGAAAAUGCAAGAUAUAGACUGCACGUCGCCAAACAGUUUGAGCAGCGACAUGGCGCCCUACUUAGGAGCCAAAUAUCAAAGUCCCAUCGCGUCCCGAUCGCCCAGUCCCACGCUAAUGGACACCUCCAUGCUGGACGACUCAAAGUACGCGUCCGAGGACGAAAUCAGCGUCGGCUGUCCCAGUCCGACCAUUCGCAAACGGCCGCGAGAUCCCAGCCCACCUUAUCACCAAAUCCAGCCAAAUUGUCGCUGUGCCGACUCAGAAAGCGACGACUACUUCAAGCCGCUGAAAAACCUCAAAAUGGUCCAAUCCGAUCGGCGUCUAUCGCCCACAGUGGAAGUCGAGGACCGACAGGACGGCGUGAAGAGUUUCUCAAUCGUGGACAUUCUGAACCACAAACCGAGCAAACCUCAGUGCACGCGAAUAGUCCGUCCAUGGGACAUAGAUCCGGCCGAAGUGGAGGCCCACCAUCAGAGACUGGAGUCGAUCCAUCGGCAUUUAAAAGUGCAACAGCAACUGGCCCUGUUGCGGCCCGAUCUAGUGGCUUUUAACGCGAGUUACACCUCAGAAACUGGAAGUGAUCGAUCUUCGAGUGUCGCCAGCGACUGUUGUUCACCGGACAUUGUUUCCUCUUCAGUUCAGCGACAGCGGCAUCAGCAACAGCAGGGCAAGCAACCUGGGGGCCCAGGAGCCACGCCUUUAGAUGCUCUGUUCCAGAUGACUUCCAAAACUUUCGACUCUUCUGCUGGCGAAUCCAGCGCAGAUGGCCAAAACCACCUCAACCUGUUCAACUCCCGGCAGCAGCCGAAGAAGAAGCGAAAAUCGCGCACCGCCUUCACCAAUCACCAGAUCUUCGAGCUGGAGAAACGAUUCUUGUACCAAAAGUACCUCAGUCCGGCCGAUCGGGACGAAAUUGCGCAAAGUUUGGGCCUGACCAAUGCCCAAGUGAUCACGUGGUUUCAGAACCGCAGGGCCAAACUGAAACGGGACAUGGAGGAGCUGAAAAAGGACGUGGAAAGUGCGAAAAUUCUAACGGCUCACAAGAAUUUUUUAGAGACCGUUCAAGACUUGGGUGUGCUCAAGAAAAAGGCCGUCAUCACUGAGGAUGAUUGUCCGAAAAAUUUGGUUAUGGGUGAUAAAUAAGUCCAUUAUGUGGUAGUCAGACAAUGGCAGACUACACCCGAUUUAUUUUAUUUUAUACAUAUAUAUUUAUUUUUGAAUUCUUUAAAAAGCCCAAAAUUUAAGCACUUGCCUGUGUGUAGUCUGCCUCCUUAAUCCCGUAAAAACAUAUUCAUUCUGCCUGACAAAAUUUUGUUAAAGCCCCCAAUUGGUCUUCAGUAAAAUGUGGAAAUUUGUGCAUUAAUUGAAUUCCUGCAGAUGCAAAAGUUCCUUAACGAUGAGUUGUAUCAUCUUUGCAGAGUUUGUAAAAUAGCCAGUGUAUCUAUCUAAAGACAGUUUCAGGUUGUUGAUCAGUAUUUGAAAUUUUAGCAAACGUUUCUCAAAACUCGAAUUAUCAAUCCAGAGUGCCUAAUAGUACGGGCGCUGAUGCUGGAUAAUUCGGGUUUUAACACGAGUGAUAAUUUUCCUUAAUUAACAUAGAUUGAUGUAAAUUGUAUAUAUUUUGUACAUAGAUUAAUGUGUUGUAAAUUGUAAAAAGUCCCACCACAUAAGAAAGUUAUUUAAUUUUGUAAUAUUUAUUAUUUCGUCGCAACGACGGGUGACUUGCAAUAUUGUCAAUGUAAAAAUUACGUGUCUAUUCACUAAAAGCUGAGUACUUAAGGCUACUGUGUCUGUGUAAAUAAAGUGAACCUGAAAAAUC